GAGGAGAGUCAGGAUCAGCAGCUUCAUCCUCAGAGGAGGCCGGCGCUCCAUCGUCAUCAUCAGCCUCUGCGCCGCCGCCGGCUGAGAUCUCUGCGCCCUCUGAGUUUUCCUCAGUUUGGGUGUUGUCGGGCCCCCGGUGGCUGCUGCAGCAGGACCAGAGGAUCUGUUGUGCAACGCCACAGCGCCGCAACGCCGCAACGCCCAGCCCUGCUGCUGCUGCUGCUGCUGCGAUGCUCAGAUAAAAAACCCCGAGGCCCACGGCUUCCUUUAGCACCUCUGAUUCUGUAGAUCUUCAGCUGCAGCGUUCCAUGAGACCGUCUGCACGAAAACGACCAAACGAUUCAGAACGACCGUCUGGAGGAAAAUAAAAACCUGACAGCAGCUUUCAGAAUAACCUGAAUGCAUUCUGCUGCUGUGAGGUCAAAGGUCAAAGCGAUAACAGUCAUCUCUGCUGCGUUUGGGUUCGGUUGUCGGAAACAUCUCAUCUGGCCUCGCCGCAGCAGAACUGCAACCUAUUUUUAUUAAUUAGCAGCUCGACUCCUGGCCUGCAGCGCUGAUGGAAAUAUUUAUGUUGCGCAACCAGAGAUGAGUUGAUCUUUAGUGCCGAGCGGCUCUGCAGCAUCUGAUAGCAGGAGUUUCUUUAAAUAAAACGUUUUCAUCUGUGGUGAUAAAACUCUGAUAUGAUGCGAAGGGAUGACAUGAAGCGCUCUGCUCUCACACUGAUAACAAGGAUUUAACAGGAACAUCUGCUUGAUAACAAAUGGUAGCAAGAGAGAAAAAUAAUCAGUCAACUGUGAAAACAUGAGAUGUUUUUACUGCGAAACCAAAGAAAAUUCAAAUUUCUGCUUUUAUCAAAUAGAAAUAAAGUAAUAUUUGGCAUUUUAAAGUGUAAUUAAGGUCAUUAGAAAUGAAUUAGAAGUGCAUGUUUCUACCUGAGGUUUAUUUACCAACUUAAACCGCAUUCUGAGUUUAAAAAUCCAGUUUAAGUUGGUGUCCAAAGUGUGGUCUAGGGGCCAUUUGUGGCCGUUUCAAUGAUUCUUUUUGUCCGCUCAUGACAAGUAAAAAACUGGGCCAGCAAAACAGAAAAGAACUGAACCAGAAACUUGUGGCAAUUAUCUGUUUUUUUUUUUUUGAUGAGGCAAAAGCCUUUUUUAUGUUUUCAACGAUUUACAGAUUCAAUAAAAGUUUUGUUUAUUUUUGAGCAGGUCAAACUACAGUAAAUAACAGGGAGAAAAAAGUUACAAUAAAUGAAUUUUUGUAUUUUAUAUUCAAUGAGGGUUUUUUUUGACACCGCUGAUCUAAAACAUUCCCACAUCAUGAUUCUGCCACCACCAUGACAGACAGGUUCCUCUCUGCCUUGUUAUGGUUAACUGAAAAUUAAUCUCUUAUGCUUUUUUUUCUCGUCACUCUUCCAUAAAAGCCAGAUUUGUGAACUGUACAGGUAAUAGUCGUGCAGACAGACUGGUCCACCUGAGCUGUGGAUCUGUGCAGCUCCUCCAGAGUUAGGACUCAUCUGUGAGUUCUGGUUCUGGAUGUUAUGUUUUCUGAUGGUCCUGAAGAUUCUUGCCUGGAUUAUGCUUCAAAAUCCUCUAAACACAGCAUUUAUCCUUUGCUUAUCUCACAUUUUUUCCUUCCACUCAACUUUCAGAGACUGAAUAUUUUCAGUCUCUGUAAGCUGAAAUCACCAAAGUUACAAGAUAUAAAGCCUGGAAAUAUUUCAUUCUGUGUGAUGAUUAUGUAAUGACCUUUCCAUAAACUAAACAUGAUUCUCAAGGAACGGCCAUCAUUUUACCAGGUUUGGCCAUGGCCCCCUCCCGGCCACCCCUUGGUGCCGCCACUGGUUUGACACACAGUUCUGCUGAGGUGAAGCCAUUUUUUAUUGAUUUUUUAAAAUAUGUUUUUAUUGUUUACUUUAACAUUUUUCCUGACCUGGUCUGGCCACCCCUUUGAACAUUGUCUGGGGGCCCCAAUAAAAAAAUAUUUUAUUAAUUUUUCUCAUGCUAAUAUUUUGAGGGAACAGUUUUUAGUUAGGCUAGACCGGAAACCGGAAACUGACUGAGCCCUGUUGCUAGGUUACCACGGACUCAAAUUGCUAGCAGCAGUGAGCACGGUGCUCUGUGUGGAUAUGUUACGUCCUCGUCGUGUUUAUUCAUAAUUUCUUUGUGUGUCUACUUACAUAAAACCAUAGUGUUGUUUCUUUACAUGCUAAUAUUUUGGGGGACGGUUUUAGUUACCGGAAACCGGAAAAUGAUUUAGCGCCGUUGCUAGGCUACCAAUAACUCACAGAUGCGUGUUUGUAGCUUUGCGGUCUGUUUUCGAUCCUCUAAUCCAAAUAUUUAACAUUUAGCAAACCCUAUGUCUCUUUUUUGGCAUCUUAAACGGUUAUUUUAAGUUUAUGAGCAAAUAAGUAUUUAACAGUUUUUUGUUUUUAGUUCUGAAUUGCUGCAGUUUGUUAAUUAAAGCAAUAAAAUGGACACUAAUAUUAAGGUAAGCUCCUCACGUAGCCAGCUGGCUGCUGCUUUAUUAUCUUAAUUGUACGUUUAUUUUUUAUUAUUAUUUAGUUCUUUUGUUUUAAUUGAGUUUUUUUCCUCAAAAAUUAUAUAAAAACCUAAAAAGUUAAAGUUAAAGUAGGGCCCCAAAAUACCUAAAAUAUGACAAUAAGCAGAGACACGGUGUUUCUCCAUGAACAUUUUUAGCUUAGUUUAAUUUUUCCAGGUAAUAAAAACAGAUUCCUGUUCUCCAUAGGUACCUCGGGACCUGAAAGCAAAGUUGUUGCUAUGGUGACAUCAUCUUCAUUGCAUUUUGGUUUAUUUACGCCAGAUAUCGCCCAACGUCAGGUUUUAACCCUGGAUUUGUUCUUCCCAGGACAGACAUCAGCUUCCACGACAUGGAGGUCAUUGACCAAAUUCAGUCCGUUCCUGAUCUGGAAAGCGCCCUGUGCAGCGUGUUGGCUGUCGACCUCCCAGAGCCAAAGAAAGGAGUCCUGCUGGAGCUGUACGUCCAAACGGUGCUUUUCUGCAGGCAGCAGGGCUUCAGUAAGGAGCAGACGUCUGCACUGGUUUCCAUCAUCAAGUCCAUCCACGAGGCCAACAUUGAGACCUCCCUUCAGCGUCAAGCUGUUCAGCCUGGAGGAGGCCAACUGCGUUUUAAAUUACAUCCAGGACCAUUACCUGCGGCACGACAAACUCUACAAGUACAUAUUCACCCCGCAGGUAAAACUUGAUUUGUUUUUAACUUAUUCUGGGAAGGGAGGAGAAGGAUUGGCUGCAGACGAAUCCGCUGCACAAGCGGACGAUUCUUCUGAGGCACAGAAAACUUUGGCCAUGGAGGAAGAAACUGCAGAAGCCCCCGUGGACCUGAAGGCCCUGGUGGAGCAGGAGGUCAAGGAGCAGAUGGAGCAGGUGUCCAAGCAACUGGACCAGCGCAUCAAAGAGACGGCGUCCGAGCAGAGCAGCAGAGCCCAGUCCGCCAAACCCGGCAAGAAAGGCAAAAAAUAACCAGAACAGCUCGCGCCAACGUUAAAUUAAACUACUUAAACAUC